AUGGCGGCAAUGUCUGAAAAAAUCCCCUUGCCACCUUUUGUUACUCAGCUAGAAUGCUUAGCAGCCAAGCUAGCUGCCCUGUUUGUCCAGGAAGUAGGUCUUCGUCAUACCACCUUAGAAGGAGACUUGAAAACAGUCAUAAACUCCCUUAAGAGAGGGGACAUGUUUCAAUCUGCUUUUGGGCACCUUAUUCAUGAUACAUUAGCAUUCGUAGAAGCUCUUGAGAGCUGCACUUUUUCCCAUGUACUUAAACAAGGAAAUUCUGUGGCUGAUGCUUUAGCCAAGAAAGCUAAGUUUGGCUCAUCUUUAACUAUCUGGAUGAAGUCUGUUCCUUCGGACAUUAGUCCUUAUGUUAUGUCUGAUAGACUUUGUGCAUCUGAUUGA